UUGUACCUAACCAACUUUUUUUUUUUUAUUAUUAUUUUAAUUUUAUAAUUGUUUAUUUUUUUUUUUUUAUAUGAAUACAUAGUUGGAUUAUUUUUGUGCGUUCAAAGCUAUGGGAAUCGUAAAAUUAAUGUCUGUUAGAACAUGUUCCAAAAACUUUUUUGAAAGUUUUUUGAGAAGCUAUUGUACUAAUCCGAUAUCUGGUAUUUCUUCAAAUGUUACUGAAAGUAAUACAGAAAAGGGUGGAUUUGCCAAAGCAUUUGAAAGACAUUCAAAACCAAUAGAACAGGAAGUGUCUAAAGAACCAUCACAAACUUUUGCAAGUCUUUUAAGGAACUCUAAAUUUAUUGAUCUUGGAGAUCCAGAAGGUAAAAUUGUUACAGGAACAAUUUAUCACGUUGUAGGAGACGAUUUAUAUAUUGACUUCGGUUGGAAAUUUCACUGUGUAUGCCAAAGACCAAAUCGUAAUGGAAGUGAUUAUGUACGAGGAUCAAAAGUUCGAUUACGUAUUAAAGAUUUGGAGCUAUCUACCAAAUUUUUAGGAUCUACAAAGGAUUUGACUAUUCUUGAGGCUGACUGUCAAUUAUUAGGCUUAACAUAUUCACCUGCAAGAAGUUCGAGAAAUCAACUAAAAGAAAAUGAAUAAUAAAUUUACUAAGAUUAUGUUAGCUAUUUAGGGAAAAUAUUAUUGCGUUUAUUAAAAGUUAAUUUUGAAAAGUGAAUAUUAAUAGACAUUAAUUUUCUGA